CUUGCUUUCCUUUAGUGAGAAUGAUUUGGACUUUAUUCUGCUGGUUGAGGGUAAAUGAAGCUGUUGAACUUUAAAAACUGAGAUAAUUGCAGCGCAAACUAAAGACAGACUAUCAUUCUGCUGUGGUGUGAAUGGACAUGGACCCCAAAUCAGAAGAGCAACAGAUUGGACUAAGCGGCACUGGACUUAGACGGCGUGCGCUGGAUACUCUGCUGUUGUGUACUGGAGACAUGGUGCAUGUGGACAAGGCCAUCCAGGACAAGUUGUUUGUGCUCCAGCUGGUGGUGUGGUGCCUGAGAGGUGUCGCCCAGGUGACUCUGACCAACAACCCGCUGGGCGGUGCUCUUAUCCUGGCUGCACUUUUCUGGGACUCCCCCUGGCAAUGCCUGCUGGGAAGUCUAGGUGUACUGACCUCAACUCUAACAGCUGUUAUCAUGCACCAAGACAGGGCUGAGGUGUCGGCAGGUCAACACGGUUUUAACGGCAUGUUGGUGUCUCUGCUGAUGGUAGCAUUCAGCUCGGCUGGAGACUGCUAUUGGUGGCUGGUUCUACCAGUCUGUCUGGGCUCGGCAACAUGUGUGUUUUUGUUCAGUGGUCUGUUUUCAGUGUUGGACCGCUGGGACUUGCCGGUCUCUGUGUUUCCAUUCAACAUCGUGAUUUUCUACCUCCUCUGUACUGGCCCAGAUAAUCCCUACUUCCCGACUCACCUUGGAACACCACCUGGGGUGCUGGAGCCCAACAGCACACAGCUUCAGGCAUGA